AUGUCUCUACAGUAUACAACCCCAAAAUCGGUCCCUACCACCCCUCUCUACGCCUCAUGCAUCACAAACAUCAAGCAAAAGGCACGCAGUUGGGGCAUCUCCAGCCAAAACUUCGAUCUCGACUUUGCGCUUAUCAACAGUCAAAUCAGAGUUCACGGCGCGUACGGAGCGUAUAGUGAGCUGGAGAAGAUUUGGCAUGUCGAGUUUUAUAUCUGGUCGAAGUAUUUUGGCAAUGAGCCUUUCCCAUUCCCUUUCCCAUCAAUCGCAACUCCAACCAUCAUUUCCACCUCCAAUCCAGCACCUGCUCCCACCGGUCCUCGAGCUAUGAACAGCACUCCGGUUCCAAACCCAUUUCCACCAGUCUACAUCCCCGGUCCUCUUCAGACUCCAAAUAUCAAUACCGGUGGAUUCCGAAUCCACCCAGCUCCAGUUCCAGGUUCAGGAACGCGCGCACAGCUAUCUCACCAGCACCAAGGCUCCUCCCCUGCUUCUGGAUCUCGCAGCCAGUUCUCAAUUCGUGGUAUGGCUGGAAAGGGUGUCAGUGGUGGACCGUCACAGUAUCGUCAUAUGGGACAGGCUUACAACAAUCGACCCACGAGAGGUAGAGGUAUCAUCGAGCGGGAACCAAGACAGAAUCCAAAUUCGGAGCCAGCUGGUGGUGGAGCACGAGGUGUGGAGAAUGGCGAUGGAGGUGGAGGAGGUCAGAGAGGAAGAGGAGCCGUGUAUGCUGCUAGAAGACAAUUGAAGGUUGCGAGACGAACUCAGGGACGGAACUGA